UUCCCCCACACCCUUGUCUUGCAAUCCAAUCCAACCCUUUUAUUCUUUCCUUUCCCUUUUCAUAUAUAUUUCUACAAUAACAAUUUAUAAUAUAAAACAUAUAGUUACGUAGUUGUAUUGCAUACAUACAUACCCUAGAGAGGAAUUGAAAUUGAAGGAGAAUAAUAAGAUGAGUUCUGUGUGCUUAUCAAAGUGUGUAAACGACGCACGUGACCCACGCGUGCCGGUACGUGCGACGUACGUGAACCUCUACAAGUGGCCGGAAUCGGACGCGGAGUUUGUGAGGAGAAGGGGCGGUGGUUCGCACGUGUGCGGCGGGCAUCCGAGGGUGGUGGACAGCAUCUCGUGCAGGCAGAUGUACCUAAGAAGCUACAAAUUUUCGAGGAAAGAGAGUGUGCCGGAGAAAACCCAGAAAUGUUUUGGGAGGGUUAAGGAGAGAGUGAAGAAGCAGGGAAGGUCUCAUCAUGGGAUUAGGAGAAGGAAGUGUUUGGUUUGGAGGAAAAUGAGGGAAAUUUCAUGCGCUGCUUUGUUUAGGAUUUUUCAUAGGUUCUUGUCUUGCGGCGCUAGUGUAGAUGUUGUCCAUGCAAAAUCUUGAUCACUUCGAUUCUCUUCUUUUGUUAAUUUAAGGUUUCAAACUGAACUUCCAAAUUCGUUUUUGUUAAUUUCUUUUUUGGUAUUUAUAAUUGAGAGAGAAUUAUGGUCUUCUUUAAUUUUUGUGUUGUUAUUUUCGGUAACUCUAGUUUAGUUUAUUUGUUUUUGAGUUGGGUUUGUGGAUGUAAGGAACUCCGGAGUAUGCAUGGUUAUGUCUCUCUCUAUCUUUCUGUAUAUUAAUUUUUUUUUUUAAUUUUCUUUUGCAUGUAAAAGAUUUGGUUUGCUC